AUGAUGUCGUUUGAGAAUGUGCAUCUGUCUACAAUGUGGUCCAAAUAUCUGACAAUAUCACUAUUAUUUCAGGAUCCCAUGAAGAAUGGUGUUUUAGCAGUCCAAACAAUACGAAACAACAUAAUGGCAUCUACUCUUUUGGCAACAACGGCAAUCACUUUGAGUUCACUGAUCAGUGUUUUCGUGAGCAGCACAUCAAAAUCUGACAAUUCAGCAUCACAGAUAGUUUAUGGAAAUAAGAGUAGUGUUAUUUAUUCAAUCAAGUACUUCUCUAUUUUACUGUGCUUUCUUGUUGCGUUUCUCUGCAAUGUGCAGUCUAUUAGAUAUUAUGCCCAUGUUAGCUUCUUGGUCACAGUGUCUACAUCCGAAGGCAAAAAGGAUUCUAUCGAGUAUCUUACAAGAAACUUGAAUCGAGGAAGUUUCUUUUGGUCCCUCGGAUUGCGAGCUUUCUAUCUGUCAUUCCCUCUGUUUUUGUGGAUCUUUGGACCCAUACCCAUGUUUGUGUGUUGCUGCAUAAUGUCCUUUGUUCUCUAUUUCUUGGAUACAACAACUAGUUUUACUCGGGAUCUUCACCAUCGCUCGUUCAGAAAGGAUAUGGAGGCUGGUGAUCUGGACUUUACUGGUCAAUCGACGUAA